AUGGCGCCGGACACCCCUCUCCACCCAGCAGAAGCCACGUCAAUCGAUGUUCUCAAGGGCAAGAUUGAUGGGGAGCGAAGAUACGGAUAUGACAUAAACGGAAAACAGAAGAGAAUCCUUUUAAACGCGUUUGAUAUGAACGGCGUUGGACAUAUCAGCAUAGGACAGUGGCAGAACCCAGAAGACAAGAGCUCACACAAGAAUUGCUUGCCCUACUGGAUCGAGUUAGCGCAGCUCCUUGAGAAGGGAAAGUUCAACGCUUUAUUCUUAGCCGACAACUUCGGAAGCCACGAUGUAUACCAAAAGAGCCAUGCCCCUGCUAUUAGAUCGGGAACCCAAUGGCCACUUUAUGAUCCAUUCGUGGUCAUCUCGGCUAUGGCUGCUGUCACGAAGAGCCUCGCUUUCGGCGUCACAGCAUGCACCACUUUUGAGCCCCCGUUCAUUCUGGCUAAAAGGUUUUCGACCUUGGAUCACGUCACUGGAGGCAGAAUUGCGUGGACCAUUGUCACCUCCUGGAGUGACAACGCUGCCCGAGCUAUGGGCCUGGAAAAGCUUCCGGAACAUGACCUUCGUUAUGAGAUGGCGGAUGAGUAUUUAAGCCUAGUUUAUAAACUCUGGAAGGGGUCAUGGGCAGAUGAUGCUGUGGUCAAAGACUCCACAUCUACAUUUACUGAUCCUUCUAAAGUCAAGAAGAUCGUUCACCAAGGACGGUUUUUCAAAUCCGAGAGUGCUCAUCAGGUUGAUCCCAGUCCUCAGAGAACCCCUCUUCUUUUCCAAGCUGGCAUGUCGCCGGCUGGGUCAGCAUUUGCUGCAAAGCACGCAGAGUGCAUAUUCAUCGGCGGCCCCAACCCGGCAUUUCUUGGGGGCAAGAUCAAGAAGACCCGAGACCUCGCCGCUUCACAGGGCCGAGAUCCAUACGAGAUCAAAUUCUUCAUUCAGUUUACCCCGAUACUCGGUGCUACAGAUGAGGAGGCUCAGGAGAAGUACGAACGAUACAAGAAGUACGCAAUUGGUGACGGAGGCCUCGCACUUCUCGGAGGCAUCCCCGGCAUUGAUGUCAGCGAAUUCCCUCUUGACGAUGAAUUUCCCACGGAUCCCAAUCACCCCCUGAUGGCAAAACUCACACCGCAGCAGCGGGAACGUCUCCUAUCUCGGCCACAGGGAUAUGAAAGGUGGACACCGCGAAUUCUAGCCGAGUUCCAAUCCAUAGGGGGGAGUGGGAACUUCAAGGUUGGCAGCGGCAAGACUGUGGCUGAUGAGCUGGAAAAGUGGAUCACGGUUGCUGAUGUUGAUGGCUUUAACAUCGGACAUGUUGUCGUUCCUGGCGCCUGGGCAGACGUGAUAGAAUACCUCAUUCCUGAGCUCGAAGCAAGGGGAUGGUUGGGGAAUGGGGAUUACGCAGUCCCUGGAGGAACCGCAAGGGAGAACCUAUACGCAACCCCUGGGGAUCCCAAGCUAAGAGCAUCUCAUCCAGGCCACAAGUAUAAGUUUAGCAGCCAUGAUUAG